CCAGAUAAUUAUCGGGGCCCAUUAAUUUCAUAAUUACGACUGACAUACUAAUGGACCCAAAGCUGAUUAAAGGCCCACUUAAAGUUGGAGCUAUGCCCAAAGAAAGGAGGAAAACAUUACCAUUUUCAUCUCUUUUCCAGUUCUCCCAUUAAGCGUCACAGUGACUGGAUGUCACCUGGUCGUUAUGGCAGUUACUCUGAAAAGAUUAUCUUCCAUUGCCCCUUUCGUAUUCAAAAUCUUUCCUCUUUCCACUCCUUCACGUUUUUCCACACUCUAUAAUUUCUCGGUAUCCUCAAUUAAUCAAACCACACUCCACAUAAGACCGGUUAAUCCCGAAAACGGAGCUGAGGUUGAUGAUGCUCAAGAGUUUUUAAAGUGGCAAAAUGGUGGUGGGCAUUUUCACAAGUCAUCUUGCAUUGAUCCAACUGUGCUUAUCGAGAUCGGUGCCAUAGUUCAUUCGAAAUCCGUUUUGGGUGCAAAUGUUCAUGUUGGGUCAGGGACUGUUAUUGGACCUUGUGUGACAAUCGGUCAAUUUACAAAGAUUGGGUACAAUGCUGCACUCAGUAACUGCACUGUAGGUGAUUCAUGUGUGAUCCACAGUGGAGUUUGCAUUGGUCAAGAUGGAUUUGGAUUUUGUGUCGAUGAGGAUGGCAACUUGGUCAAGAAGCCUCAAAUGCUAAAUGUUAGGAUAGGGAACCAUGUGGAUAUUGGAGCUAACACAUGCAUUGACCGUGGCAGACCAAUCUAUAAUGAAAGUAUGUCACCUAUUUGGUUGCACAGUUGGAGAGAAACAGUAAUAGGAGAUCAUUCAAAGAUAGAUAACUUAGUUCAGAUUGGACAUAAUGUAGUUAUUGGGAAAAGUUGCAUGCUUUGUGGACAGGUCGGCAUAGCAGGCUCAGUGAUGAUUGGAGAUUAUGCAGUCCUAGGGGGAAGAGUAGCAGUUCGUGAUCAUGUCUCUAUUGCAUCAAAGGUUCGACUAGCUGCUAAUAGCUGUGUUACUAAGGACAUCAGAGAGCCUGGGGACUAUGGUGGCUUCCCCGCUGUUCCCAUUCAUGUUUGGAGAAGACAAAUUGCUAUUCAGUGCCGGCGUUCAAAUAGGGAGAAAUCCUGAGGUUGUUAAAAGCUUAGGUCAUAAAAUUAUGUAUGAUACCAUGUGUCCCUAAUAAUACCUACUAUUGUUUUCCUUUUCAAAAUUAAUUUGAAUAGAGAGAGGGAGAGAGAAUGAUAACACUGUCAUUCUGUCGAUAUGUUAUACUUUCACCAUCAUUGAUGCAUGUCCUUAAAAAAGGAUUAUUAUCCUUAAAAAAUUGUAUUCCAACAUUUGAGGCUACAAAAACAAUUU